AUAAAAAAUCAACCCUUUUUUGUCAUCUUCCCCACCAAGCAUAUAUAUUACAGUCUUAAGUCUUAGGCAGAGACAAAAUCAUAAUUCACCAAACAAACAAACAAUCAUGGAGAUUUUAUCACAGAUGUGGUCUUUUCUUGGCCUUCUCACUGUUCUUCAGAACAUCUUACCUACACAGCUUCUUUCCCUUCUCCACUCCAUCUAUGAGUCUUUCCAAGACCUUAUCUCCCCUUUUUCCUACUUUGAAAUCCCUGAGUUUAAUGGCUAUUGUGGCGUUGACAUCAAUGAUCUCUACCGCCACGUCAAUCUCUAUCUCAACUCUGUCAACUCUUCCACUUCCGCUGCCGCCUGUCGCCGCCUCACUCUCUCCCGUUCCAAGUCCUCUAACUGCAUUUCCUUCACUGUAGCUCCGAAUCAAACCGUUCACGAUAUUUUCAAUGGCCACUCUCUUUCUUGGACGCACCAUGUCGAAACUGUCCAAGACUCCUUAGAAGAGAAACGAAGCUUCACUCUCAAGCUACCAAAGCGACAUCGCCAUACCUUACUUUCGCUGUAUCUCCAACACGUGACAUCACGUGCGGAGGAGUUCGAGCGAGUCUCAAGAGAGAGGAGGCUCUUCACUAACAAUGGCAAUGCCUCCUACGAGUCAGGAUGGGUUUCAGUUCCUUUCCGCCAUCCUUCCACUUUUGACACCCUGGCCCUCGAGCCUCAGCUGAAGAAGCAAAUCAUGGAGGACUUGAAAGCAUUUGCUAAUGGAAGAGAGUUUUACCACAAAGUUGGACGUGCAUGGAAGCGCGGUUACUUGCUAUAUGGUCCACCAGGCUCCGGCAAGUCAAGUCUAAUAGCCGCAAUGGCUAACUAUUUGUGUUACGAUGUUUAUGAUCUUGAACUCACAAAAGUCACCGACAACUCUGAGCUUAGAGCUCUGCUAAUACAAACAACAAACAGGUCCAUUAUUGUGAUAGAAGACAUUGAUUGUUCUGUCGAUUUAACAGCAGAUAGAAUGGUGAAGGCUACAAGAAAACGAUCCCACUCAUCGGCUGGGAAGGAUUCAGCCAAUGACGAGGAGAAUGGACGGGUCACCUUAUCAGGACUUCUCAACUUCACUGAUGGAUUAUGGUCGUGUUGUGGAGAAGAGAGGAUUAUUGUGUUUACUACAAAUCACAGAGACAAUGUGGAUCCUGCUCUAGUUAGAUGUGGCCGAAUGGAUGUUCAUGUCAGCUUAGGCAAUUGUGGGAUACAUGCCUUCAAGGCCCUGGCGAUGAACUACUUAGGGAUAGAGUCUCAUUCCCUGUACGAUGUUGUAGAGAGCUGCAUAAGGUCCGGCGGUGCUCUUACGCCUGCACAGAUAGGGGAGAUACUGUUGCGAAACAGAAGAAAUGCUGAUUUAGCAAUGAAAGAGGUGGUGGGUGCAAUGCAAGCAAGAAUUUUGAGCAGUGGAACUCACAAGGAACAUUUGACAGAUUAUGAAGACAUGGGUACAAGGUCACCGCAGAGCGUGUUAGCGGUGGGGUCACCAGAGAAUUGGGACUCAUCGCCGGGGAGAAUCGGAGGGAAAAAGAGAAAGGAAAAGGAGGCUAACAAUCAUUGGGAAAAGAAAGCAAAGUUUCUUGUUAGACUAAGAUCUUUGACCAAGUCCGAGUCUGGUCGCAGGGGUGUGUGACAUGUAGUAGGUGAUGACCUGUUGGUCUGUUUUCUCAAUGGACCCGCUAACUCCUCAGUCCUAGCGGAAUUUUGGUUCAUUUUUCGUUUAGUUGUAAAAAAAUCCUGGCAACUAAUUAAUAUAAUAACUGUUUUUUAAUUUUCAUAUUGAGAAGCAAUUGAUUGGGUUCAGAAGCAGAUUUGUUCA